AUGUCCGACAGAAAAAGUUCUUCCUUCCGACAGAAAAAGUUCUUCCUUCCGACAGGACACAAACGAAUGUCCGACAGAAAAAGUUCUUCCUUCCGACAGAAAAAGUUCUUCCUUCCGACAGGACACAAACGAAUGUCCGACGUCCCACCAACCGAGCCGAUUCCCAAACCAGAAGAACCGACAGCCCCAGCGCCACAACAGUCUCCUCAGCAAGUCCCUCCACCAAAUUACUACCAAUUUCCACCUCAAGGUUACUACCAAUUUCCACCUCAAGGUUACUACCAAUUUCCACCUCAAGGUUACUACCCACCACAAGGCUUCCCGAACUACCCUCCUCCUCAGCCUAUGCCUUACUUCCCCAACCCUUGGUUGUUCCAGCAAUCUCAAUCUCAAUCGAAGAGAGACCAAGACUUCGAAGAAGGUCUGAACCGCUUACGCAAAGAGUAUGCCACAGCCCCUAUGGAAGACGACAGGCUUUCAGUCUCUUCCCUCAAAUCGACCGAUUCGACUCGUACCACAGAUUCGGUUCGUGACCGUGAAGACUACCUCAAGCAGUCUGAGAGACUCUUCAUCCUACAACCAUUUACAGUUGGAGCUCUCAAGAACAUGCGCAAUUACGAAGGUCAGACACCAGCUGGAGACCGCAAAACAGACGUACUCGCAAGAGCCGUCCAGCUCGUCAAGACAAAGACUGAGAUAGUCGACUUCAUUCUUGCAGCUUGCCCAUACAAGUAA